UAACAAUUUCAGUUACAAGAAAUUGUUAAGCGUGUAAAGACAUCCCCAAGAAAAUAUCUCAUAGAAAAUAACGAACAAAUUGUGAACUUUUCAACAAGGCAGAAAAAUUAAAACUGUGCAGUGGAAUAAAAUACAAAAAAGAGUGACAUUUAUGUAGCCAGUUAAUACUGGUCUUAAUCUCGUUUUUUGGAAGUGUCGUGUGGCGAAAAUUUGCCCCCGGAAAAGUGUAAUUAAGUGUUCUGCCUAGAAUUGCAGACUUGAAUUAGAAACCUAAACGCCAAAAAAAUUACUAAAAUAUCAGCCAUGGCCCAACACAGCAGAAUAAAUGCCUUCAUAUUAUUGGCAAUAGUAGCCACAAAUUGCCUACUAUUGACCUAUGCCUAUCCACAAAAUGAGGUAUACCAAAGACGUUUGAUCACCAGCCGAACACAGCAACAGCAACAAUACCAAUCGCCUGUCUACAAUCCAGCUGUGGAAAGUGCCCGCAAAUAUGCUGUUAAACCAAAUGCCUCCAAGAAGGUGGCUUUGGACAAUGUUGAAGAUGAAAUCGAAGGCAAUCAAAUCCAGGAAGCACCCAACGGUUUCUCAUGGUCCAAUAUGUUGUCCACGGUUUUGACAAUGUUCUUCAAUGGCGGUGCCAAUGCUCCCACCAAAUCGGAUGAUGUUGAUGGUGGUUUUGGUGCUUCACCCUGGGCUAAUGUCAUCUCAAUGGGUUUGAAAAUCAUCAACACUUUGUUGGGCGGUGGUGCUCCCAGCGAUGGCAUUGACAAAGUUGACAAUGGCGGUUCACCAAUGCAGCAGGGCAUCUUGGCGGCAGUGUUAUCAACGGUACUUGGUACAAAAGAUCCAGAACAAGUCAACUCAAUGGCCAAACAAGCUGGAGAGUUUAUACAAAUUGUUAUGAAUCUCUUGGAUGCCUUGAAGACUUCGUUCUCACACCGUUCGUUGUCGGCCAGGUCAAUGGGUAAACGUGAUUCCGUUAGUGAUGCCGCUGUGGCCAGUAUCUCCAUGCUGAAGGGUUAUGUGCGCACCUAUCGCAAUGCCGACAACAAGUGUUUGCAGCGCUACAUGUGUGAGGCCAAUACCGAGUGUACCCGGGAAAUUGGCGGCAGCAGUAUUUUCUGUCAAUUGGGAUCCUAUGCCACCAGCUACUUGUUGGACCGCACCAGCGAUGGCAGUUUUGAGCAAAUCUACGAUGCUGGUCGCAGAGGGCGUUCCGGCUUCGACUGUUCACAAUUGUAUUUGGAGUGCAAUGAAGUUUAAGUCACACACACCCACAUAACAUUUAACGAAUAACUCCUCUCUUCUCCAUAGCUUUCCCCUAUGUCUCCUCCCCCUUUUUACCAACUAAGCUUUCGCAUACUAGGACUGGUUUAAUAUUUUACAACUGUAUUUAUUUAUUUAUUUAUUUAAUUAAUUAUUUAUUUAAAUAUUUAUUAAACUCAUUUCAAAUAUUUAUUACAAACAAAAAAAAAAAACACCUUUCUUAUUGUUAAGAAAUGUCCAAUUAUUUAUGGUAUUUUUCUUUAAUUUAUUUCCUAUCUGCUAAGUAUGUCUAUGUCUAUUAGUAAAAUAAGUAUUUAUGAUGUCAACAUAUGUGGACAAAAAUUAAAAUCUUUUCUUUUAAAAUAAAUUUCCUAAUUUAAGUCGAAACCGAAAAAUGUUAAAAAUGUAUCUAACAGAGCUGUGUUAAGAACGUCACAACAAUUGAAGACUCAUUUUUCGAAAUAAAUGUAAAACGAAUGAUUGAAUG